CGACAAACAGACCAUCAAGGGAACCGACGAGCUCAGCUUCCAUCGAUCUGAGCAUCAAGACCUAUUUACAGACCACAUUUCAAGUUUACGAAGCUAUUACUCUCGAUCAUGUACGGUCUUCGCUCGACUCUGACCUCCUGGCGCGAGUAUCUCGCACCGGUUGCGACGACCUCAUCGUUCAAAUCGACCGGAACGCUCACACCGGAGGAGUUUGUUGCUGCGGGCGAUUAUUUGGUGUACAAGUUUCCGACUUGGUCUUGGAGUGGCGCGAGUGAGGGUGGGAAGAAGGACUACCUCCCGGAGGGCAAGCAGUUUCUUGUAACGAAGCAUGUACCGUGUAUGAAACGACCGAGUGCGCUUGAGGCUGCUACGGCGGAUGAAUUUGAGAUUGCCGCUGAAGAGGGAGAGGGAGAGGAAGGAUGGCUUGCUCCCGUUUCCCAGGCGCAGAACAUCACCUCAGCAGCAGAGGAGAUCCCAGACAUGGACGAUGAGUCCGCACCAGUAACGACCAUCGAACCCAUCGCAGCUGCGAAGAGUGGACCACUCGCCGACGAUGAUCUGCCGGAUCUCGAUGAACUUGCCCUUCCGGACGAAGACGACGACGAUGCUGUUGCGACGAAUACGUUGAGUCACCGUACCUACGACCUCUACAUUACCUAUGAUAAGUACUACCGUACACCUCGACUUUGGCUCUCGGGUUACUCCGAGUCUGGCGCUCCGCUUCCUCCCUCGUCCGUCUUGGACGACGUCAUGGGUGAUUAUGCGCGAAAGACGGUCACAGUGGAGAAAGCUACGUUCUUGGGUGAGGGAGUUGGUAUGCCGACGGUACACCCUUGUAGGCAUGCGGAGGUCAUGAAGAGGGUCAUUGAGAGGGCAGAUGUGCGUGUCAAGGAGAAGGCUGCGAAGAAGGAGGCCG